CCAAUGUUGAAUGCGGGGAGAUGCAAAAUCAAUGUCAAACGCAAGGAGAUGCAAAGCCAAUAUCAAACGCAAAUAAACAGAUAAAGCCAACGAACACAAAGAGAAGAAAGCCAGUGAAAGCAAAGAGAGGAAAGCCAGUGAAAGCAAAGAGAGGAACCAAUGAACGCAAAGGAGGUAAAGCCAAUGAAUUCGAAUUUUUUGUCAUGACUGCAG